AGAAAUUGGAAACGAAAUAUAUAUAAGAGCUUUCCAAGAAUACUUUAACAAAUAUCCAAACCCACCAUCAGACGAACAUAAAAUAAAACUUCAAGAAAAACUUAAAGAAUUUGAUCAACGAAUCGAAGAAUUCAUAGAAGGAAAUUUAAUAACUAAAAAGAACCCCAUACAAAAAACAAAACGAGUCUAUAACCACAAGAAAAGAGAAUAUAGAAAACAAGUCUUCAACUAUAUUGAAGAAGAAGAAAUAAAUCUGGAAGACCUAACUGACAAAGAAAUAACAAUAUAUUUAGUAUACUCACUAGUAACAGCAGACAAACCAAGAGUCAAAUCAAGCUUGGAAACUAUUUCAAGAAAAUCAUUCAAUAUUAGAAAUUGGUUAAAACAUACUCAGUCAUUAAGAUUAGGAGACUUAAUUAUAUUUGGAAGAUACUCCGGAACAUCUAAAAAAGGAUAUACAUUAAGAGGAAGAAACUACGAUUCAACAGGAGCAGAUGUACAUGAAUGCAGAUGGAGUACAGAAAUAAUGCAAACA